UGAUAGGAAGAAUAGGAAGAAUUCUGUUAUGUUUUUGAGACAUUAAGUAUUUUAAAUAUAUUAGUUCUAUAAUUAAAUUACUUUUUAUGUGUAUAAAUUGCUUUGAAAAAGUUUUAUCGACAAAAAUGAAAAUAUUUACUCAUUAACCUAAAAAUUUGGUAAAAUCCUUAGCAGCAAAAAUGUCUAAUCAAGAUAUAAGUAUAGAUUGUGAGAGAAUGAGUAAUAUUUUAGAAAAUAAGAAUCUUGAUUUAGACGCAUAUAGAAAAUUAGUUAAGAAUUAUAUUGAUUUACAUUUAUACAGUGCAGCAUUAUUUUGGGCUGAUAAAGUACUUUCAUUAAGUAAAGAAAAUUUAAAAGAUGUUUGUGUUUUAGCACAAUGUAUGUAUCUAAUGAAACAAUACCAUAGAGCUGCACAUUUGAUUAGAAGUCGUGGUCUUGAAAAGAAACAUGUUAUGUGCCAUUAUUUACUGGUGCGCUGUUUACUUGAAGCAAAAGAAUUUGCAGAAGCUGUUCAAGUUAUUAAUGAAUUUGAAACACUGUGUAAUGUAUCAAAUGUUAAUCAAACAGAACCAAGUUUUGAGCAUUCUAUAGUCUUGGACGAUGCUCCUAAAAAUGUACAAAGCGCUAUUUCAUAUGUAAAAGGAAGAGUAUAUGAAGCAAUGGAUAACAGAGCAGUGGCAACCGAAUGUUACAAACAAGCUCUCCAUUGUGAUGUCUAUUCAUACCAAGCUUUUGAAGCUCUUGUACAAAAUCAAAUGCUCUCAGCAGCUGAAGAACAAGAAUUGCUUGAAUCCUUGCCGUUUGCAGAACAAUGUAAAGAAGCUGAUGCUGAACUACUAAAAUUACUUUAUGAAAGUAAAUUGAAAAAAUAUCAUGCACCAGCUGAAAAUAACAUACUUGUUUCUUGUGGUGUACUGGUCACAGAUCGAUUGAGGCAUAAUUUAGACAUACAAGUUUCUGAAGCAGAGAGAUUGUAUUACAAUUGUGAUUAUCACCAAUGCUUUUCACUAACAGAGAGUAUAUUGAAAAGUGAUCCAUACCACAGUGGUUGCUUACCAGUUCACAUAGCAUGUUUAGUAGAAUUGAGAAAAACUAAUGCUCUAUUUUACUUGGCUCAUAAACUAGUAGAUUUAUAUCCUGACUUAGCAUUAGCAUGGUUUGCUGUUGGUUGUUACUAUUACAGUAUAGGCAAAAGUGACCCAGCAAGAAGAUAUUUAGCAAAAGCCACAUCGCUAGAUCGCCUUUUUGGUCCAGCUUGGCUUGCUUAUGGUCAUUCAUUUGCUGUAGAAAAUGAGCAUGAUCAAGCAAUGGCUGCUUAUUUCAAAGCUUCACAAUUAAUGAAGGGCUGUCAUUUGCCAUUACUUUAUAUUGGACUUGAAUGUGGUCUUACAAAUAAUUUGAAAUUGGCAGACAAAUUUUUCCAACAAGCUCAAUGUAUUGCACCAAAUGAUCCCUUUGUUAUUCAUGAAACUGCUGUCAUAUCCUUUUACAAUUUAGACUAUAAAACAGCAGAGAAGCAAUUCAAAGAAGCCAUGAACAAAAUUCAAAAUGGACUAAAGGAAGUAAUGCUUCCAAACAAAUGGGAAUCCUUAUUGAAUAAUUUAGGUCAUACAUGUCGAAAAUUAAAAAAGUAUGACAAAGCAUUAGAAUAUCAUCAACAAGCAUUAGUUUUGAACCCAAUGAACCCAGCAACAUAUUCAGCUAUAGGUUUUAUCCAUGCACUUAUGGGAAAUACUGAAGAAUCAGUAGAUGCAUGUCAUCGUGCUCUGAGUUUUCGUCGUGAUGAUACUUUUACUACUACUUUAUUAGGAUUCGUUAUGGAACAACUUGUUACUGAUUCAAGUCCAUUUCCAGAUUGUCCAUUAGAAAUUCCAAGCUAUCCAUUUCCUGGUAGUCAAAGAAAAAGAGAACAAUCAACUAAUAAUACGUCAACUUCGGAAGUUGAAGACCAACAAAUGGAUAAUUUGAAAAGAAACUUGUUUUCUGGCUGGGGUGAUAGUUCUGCCAAGAAUGAAGACUUUUCAUCUAAUGAAAUGAGCUCUGAAAUAGAAAUGGCAGAUUCUUCUAAUAUGAAAUUAGAAGAGUAAAUGUAAUAAAGCAAAUAAAUUUUU